CAGAUAUGCUGAAUUAGGGUUGGACUGAACCUACAGGACAGUAGAUCUCCAGGAAGAGGGUUGGGCAGCCCUGUUUCUACCAGAACAUGCAUGCAAUAGUACAACAGUCACUGAUAACCCCACACCUGAAUCUGUUAAUUUUGUCUGUAUAAUUGUUUUUACUAUUACAAGCUAUUUUGUUAUAUUACUAGAGUAUGACAUACUACUGCUAGAUAUGCUGUUACUGUUAAUAUUUUUAUAACCAACCAUGCUUCACAUUUYUACGUCCGGUGAAAUAUCUGGCUCAUUGCUGUAUCUGUGACACUACGAUAAUGUCAUGUUAAAUCACAUACUCGAGCUGACUGACUUGUCCAAUAAACAAGCAGCUUCAUUUUCUCUAACACCACCCAUUGGAGUAACGGUAAACAAGGCGUUUCCGUACGCCUAUCGAUACAUCUCAUUGGCUCUGCAAGGAGACCGAUACCAAACAGCGUCGUUUGAAUUUCGGUCACGUUGGUUCAGGGAGAGYUUUAGUCUUUGGUGCAUUGUUGACAAAAAGCUCUUCACACAAAAUUUGUAUCGGCUGGCAACCGUUUGGGUUCAUUGACGCUGUUUUGUGAACUAGUAUUGGAGGAUGCCUCGUCGCGAUCCUGACAGUUCUGCAAACCGGCGCAAGGGUGCAAUACCCAAGCGUCGGCCUCCAGCCUCGAACGCGACUGCUUCAACAUCAAAGGCACCACGGCUGAGCGGACCAUCAGCCUCUGCAGGUCCAGCUCCCUCCCUGCGAAAAAAGAGAAGGUUUCGCCCUGGCACCCGAGCUCUGAUGGAAAUUCGCAAGUACCAGAAGAGCACUGACUUGCUUUUGCGCAAGAGACCGUUUGCACGCCUGGUUCGGGAAGUGUGCCAGAAUUAUAGCAGGGACUUCAUGAGAUGGCAGGUGAACGCUCUUCUGGCUUGCAGGAGGCUGCAGAGGCUUUCCUCGUUUUACUGUUUUCCGACGCCUYCUUGUGUACCAUACACGCCAAGCGUGUAACGCUGUUCCCCCGUGACAUUCAGCUUGCCCGGCGAAUUCGAGGAGUGGAUGAUCUCUGAGAAUGCUCAGAUGAGCAGUUUGGCUUGGGAUGAGGUCUGUUGUAGCCUCUCUUUUUUUUUUUUUUUUUUACUCAAGCUCAGCCAAGGUGACCUUGGAUCAUGGACCAUGGGGUGUUGAGGACCUAACAAUGCUAUGUUUUGAUGCAAAGCAUUAGUGGACCUAAUUUGCCCCAAACAUACAUGCAUUAUGUUCAUGCCAGUUAUAACCUCAGUAUAUUCUAUAACAAAAUGCUAACUCAGGCAAAGACUGUUGACCAAUGUUUUGCAUUUAGAAACAUAUUUUUUGGUACAUUGUGAAGGAAAAACACUGUGUUGGGUAUACUGCUUUAGUUCAUCUGUGUUUUGGGCCUCGUGGUACCUAAGCCAAGUUAGUAUACUGGUAAAAUCUGUAAAUAUUAGAUUUUUUGUAAAUAAUUUUUUGAUAAAUUGUUUUCAUGUUGGAUUUAAAUAAAUGUUUUUAUUCGGUACGAAAACAAUUAGAAAUGGCUCACAUUUGUAUACCUCUGUUUCAUAUGUGCAGGGAUAAAAUCAUAGAAUUACAUGUAGUGGACUAUUWUAAUGAAGGGUUAUUGUACCACUACAGAUCCAUUCCUUAGAACCUGGACAUUAGUUUCUUUCAUGUUAACCUGUUAUUUGUCAUGCCCAAUUUUAACAUGUCUCUGUGGCGUUGGUGUGCAUGUGGUUUCAUCCACCGCCUUUUGUCUUCAUCUGAUGGUGUGGUGUUGCCAGAUGCCCCUUUUGGCUCCCCUUUUUUAAUUGGUCCCUUGGGACAGCCUGAUCUACAAGCUUUCCCAGCAGGCAGCCAAUCAUCUUCUCACACCUGCCUUGAACAGCUUCAGAUGGUCCUGUUUACAGGUGUGCUAGGGCAUCACUUGUGACUGCGAAACACACCGGACAACAUUUAGAGAGUUAGAUGUUUAAACGGCGCAGCAGUUGAACGACUACAGACAAGUGGGAACACUGUUUUUGCGUAGCAUCCCUUUAAUGGCGAGGAUUUUUUUGAGUCAAAGAGUAGGUGUUCAUGUAUUCACAUGGACAGAGAAUAGUACUGUUUUAUUCAAGUGCCAUAAUGUACAUUUAAUGUCAUUUUAAAGAGGAUAUUAUUCAUGGUUCCAAAAUAAGUGGAUUCUUUCGGGCCAUCAACACAUCAGGUAAGACAAUUUUAUGCUCUUGAGUCUAGUCAAGCCAAUUCAUUGAAUAGCAAUGGUAAGAGCAAUACAUGCAAGUAAACAACAUGGAAUAAGAAUGUAUUGUAAAUGUUUGUUAAAGGUGCAUUUUAGGAUUGGAGAUGGAAGUAUCCACUGCAAGGAUAGUGUUAGAAAUAAACUUAAUGAAGUUGUGUAAUGAAUAAACAAGAACUCUUUAAAUGU